AUGGAAGAGAAGAUAGGUAUGCGCAUGCAUGUGUGUGGCAUGGAGGAUAUAAAGAGUGUUGGCAAUUUCUUUACUUGGAACAACAAGCAGCAGGGUGGUGAUAGAGUAUUUUCAAAGUUGGAUAGAUUUCUUGCAAAUCAAGCUUGGCAGAAUGAUUAUCCAAGUGUUGAAGUUUGUUUCUUACCUGAAGGGCAGUUUGACCACUCUCCUGGUCUUCUCACUGUCUAUCCUAGAAGUGAUGGAGGAAGGAAACCAUUCAAGUAUUUCACUAUGUGUAAAUCUUCUCCCCUUUUUCUUGAUAUUAUACAAAUGGCCCGGAAUUUCCAGUGUUCUGGUAGCAAAAUGUUUGUUUUGACCAAUAAAUUGAAGAAAGUUAAAGCCUCCCUCAAGGAGCUGAACAGAGUUGGUUUCACUGAUAUUCAGGCAGCUGAUUUGAAGGCUCACCAUGGUAUGAUUGCUGCUCAGGAGGGAAUGCAUCUUAACCCACAUGAUAAGGAGUUAGCAAAUCUAGAACUGCAAGCAAUUCAAGAGUAUAAAAUCACUCAUAAAGCCUAUCUAGAUUUUCUGAAACAGAAAGCUAAAGUGGAGUGGAUUAAAAAUGGGGAUGAAAACACUUCAUGGUUUCAUCAGAGUAUUAAAAGCAGAAGAUUGCAGAAUCAAGUGUAUAGUAUCUUUGAUGGUGUGUGGAGAGAUAAACCUGAUGAGGUGUCAGAUGCUUUCUUGGCUUAUUACACAGAACUUCUGGGAAGUGUUCAUGAUAACAGAACACAUGUUAUCAAACAGAUAGUACAGUCUGGUCCUAUCUGUCAGAAUCAUCACAAAGAUAUUCUCAAUGCUCCUUACACUGCUGAUGAAGUUAAAGCUGCUUUGUUUUCUAUUCCAGGAAGGCUCCAGGUCUUGAUGGUUUUGGUUCAUAUUUUUAUAUAG